AUGUCGCCAAUCACCAGGACGAAACCACGCCAGUACGCCACCUUUACCAAUAAUGUAGAUGAGGCCAAGCAGAGGGGUUAUGACGCUGAGGCUACUACACCGGCCACAGCGUCCUUCUGGUCGAAACUCUUCUUCUCCUACGCCAACCCAAUGAUGGACGCUGGCAACCAGCGUCAGUUAAACUUGGAGGAUCUCUGGGAACUGGAAGGAAAGAACCGAGCGGCUACGGCGUUGGACGAAUUUGGUGCUCACUACGAGCGACACGACAGGUCCAUUACCAGAGCAAUGGCGAGCGCUUACGGCCGUGAAUUCCUUUUGUGGGGACUGGCGAUGUUCUUCUCUACGGCGUGCGGCCUCUUCGCUCCUGUGGUUCUGAACCACGCGAUAGACGCGCUCUCGACGGUUGAGAUCGACAUGAACGACCUCAGCGGAUGGCUCGGCAUCUUCUUCGCCUCGCGAUUUGCCAACGCCAUUCUGUCCGUACAAAUGAACUACGCACUGGAGCUAAUUGCUCUGCGUCUCACAGUGACGCUCAAAACGCUGCUCUUCCAGAAGGCAAUGCGGCGGAGUCUUCGGACAAAGAACAAUUCCAGUACGGUGGACAUCGCCAACUUGCUAACCUCGGACGUCAACAAUGUGCUGUGGGCGACCUUUCAAGUUAACAAACUCUGGGUGAUCCCCAUCCAGAUCGUCGUGGCCGUGUGGAUGCUUUACGCCGUGAUUGAUCUCGCUGCAUUUGCUGGACUUGCAGUCAUUGCGGUGUCGAUGCUGGCUAGUUAUUUGCUGGCUAGGUUUUCUGGGGCUGCCUUUGCCGAUCUCAUGCAGCGCAAAGACGAACGACUAAGCGUCGUCAAGGAGGUGUUUAAUGCUAUCCAGGUCGUGAAACUCAAUGCUUGGGAAGGCAAAUUUGCAAAAAAGAUCCGCAGUUUCCGCUCCGUUGAGUUGUCGGCUGUCAAGCGGUUUCUCUAUCUAGGUGCCGUCAACAUUACUAUCCUCUGGUCCUCGCCACUAGCAGUGUCGGCUGUGUCAUUUGCCGUUUACGCGAUAGUUAUGGGAAACGAGCUAACUGCUGCCAAAGUGUUCACAGCCAUCGCUCUUUACAAUACGCUUCGAGACCCACUUCGGGACUUACCCACAGUCAUCCAGAUGUUCAUUCAAGCCAAGAUUUCGAUCGACCGCUUCUCUGACUACCUGUCGCUAGAAGAAUUCAAUCCAGCAAACGUGAGCCGAAGUGACCCGAAGCAACAUGACGACGUUGUAAUGGCAAUCAAAGACGGCAUUUUCGGGUGGACCAAGGAUACUCCGUUGCUCAGCCACGUCGACCUCGCUGUAAAGCAGGGAGACCUGGUGAUCGUGCACGGCUCGGUCGGUAGUGGCAAGUCAUCCCUAUGCUCCGCUUUGUUGGGCGAAAUGGACAAGCUGGCCGGUAACGUGUUCGUACGAGGUCGUGUCGCCUACUAUUCACAGCAGACAUGGAUCCAGAACAUGACGAUCCGUGACAACAUCCUGUUCGGUCUGCCAUAUCACAGCAAUAAGUACGCUAAAGCGAUCGCGGCGUGUGGCCUAUUUCCAGACCUAAAGCAAUUCCCUGGUGGUGACUUGACGGAGAUCGGGCAAAAGGGAGUCAACUUGUCUGGUGGUCAGAAGGCGCGUGUUUGUCUUGCUCGUGCGUGCUACUCAGAUGCUGACAUCUUCUUGCUCGACUCCCCACUGGCGGCUGUCGAUGCGAUCGUGCAGAGUCAAAUUUUCGGUGACUGCAUCUGCAACUUACUGGCGGAGAAGACCGUCGUCUUAGUGACGCACAGUCCUGACAUCAUUGCGAAUGAGGCUGCCAACAUGAAAGUGCUGGUGGAGGAUGGCAACGUGAAAGACACUCGGAACAACGUCGACCUGCCACGUACUUCGUACACAUUGCCAGUGUCACCGCGUUCUACCAAGGAUGAUGAUGGAGACAUCCAGGACAAAACCGCUGGUCGGUUCAUCGACGAGGAGGAACGCGUGGAAGGCCGUGUUUCGAAGGACGUAUUCCUCAAGUACUUUGACUCGCUUGGUGGCUUAAAGGUGUGCAUAUUCCUGUUCGUGGUGCAGAUGCUACGGCAGGCGUUCCAGAUUGGCAGCGAUCUUUGGUUAAGUCGUUGGACUGGGCAGAAAUACUACUCGGACGAGACGGUGUAUAAUGUGACGGUGUAUGACAUGCUUGGUGUUGGGACGGCAGUCAUGGUCUUAGUGCGAGCGGGAACAGUGGCGGUAAUUGGACUGCGAGCAUCACGCCAUCUCUUUGACACCAUGACGAUGUCUCUGCUUAAAGCCCCGCUACGUUUCUUCGACGCGAACCCAAUUGGUCGCAUAUUGAAUCGGUACGGAGACGAUAUCUCUGCAAUUGACUUCAUGCUAUCAUUUUCCUUCCAGGAAGUUCUUGGGCUCCUUUUCUUCACAGCAUGCCAACUGGCGACGGCUGUAUACAUGAUAAAAGCUCUGGGUGUACUGAUCAUCCCGCUGGUGUGGAUCUACGUGAAAAUUGGGAACCAUUACUUGGCCCCAUCGAAAGAGCUUGCCCGUCUGUGGAGAAUAUCUGCGUCACCCAUUUUGAGCUACGUGAGUCAGUCUGAAGAAGGCGUUGCUGUCAUUCGUGCCUUUGGACAAGAAACGGUGGAGCGCAUGGUCGAAGAGAACUUUCGCCGCAACGACGUGAACUGCCAAGCAUGGUUCGCCCAAAUGGUGUUGAAGUACUGGUUCCAGUUGCGCAUGCAACUUGUUGGGUUUGGUGUUGUGACUCUUGUAGUCUCCAGCCUCGUUUAUCUGCACAAUUUUUUGACACCAGGCCUCAUUGGAUUGGCGUUCACGUAUGCUCUGAGUGUGGAUGGCAGUCUUGCAAGUCUUUUCAUGUCGUGGUCAUGGUUGGAAAUCCAAAUGGUGGGCCCCGAACGAAUUCUCGAGUACGGGGCCAUUCCAGCCGAAGGGAGCCAGCGACCACUAGUUAUCGAACCUGAUGCAUCAUGGCCUCGAUCUUCCACUGUCCAGUUCCAAGACGUCGUCUUCAGCUACAAGCCAGGUGGGAAACCCGUGCUGAAGAGCAUUUCCUUCAGCAUCCAAACCAACGAGAAGAUCGGUAUUGUUGGACGUACCGGCGCCGGCAAGUCCAGCCUCACCAUGGCACUCUUCCGAAUCAAUGAGUUGGUGUCAGGCCGCAUUCUUAUCGAUGGCGUCGAUAUUGCCACCAUGCCACUACGCACGCUGCGGUCGAAUCUGUCCAUCAUCCCGCAGUGA